AAAAAUGGGCGUUCCCCAACUGGCUAUCUCUCUUAAUUUUUCCAUGCUUCAGAUACGCCUCUUAAGGCUUGAUUGCUCCGACGCUUGUGCGCUGGCUGUCAAUUAGUCGACACCUACUCCCCGAUUUUUUUUUUUUUUUUUUUAAACUCGAAUUCUAUCUAUCGAAUACAAUCGAACAUUUCACAAAUGUCAACUGCAGGACAUAGUUAGGUUACCCAUGGACGCGAACCGGAAAACUGCCUAGCAACAAGUCUCACCCCUCCAAAAAACCUUCAAAUAAAAAAACCAGUUGUGACCUAGAUAGCUUCGAGAGCAGAUCAGCUGAAAGUUCAGUGUUGGUGCAUUGUACUUUUCUUGCCCUUCAGCUGCAAUUUGCACGAAGGUGGAAGAAAUAAACACAAAAUGAAAAAUAUACUGUGGAAGCAGCCCGGGCUAGACCGGCUGAUAUGUGUUCUAGUGGCUAGUGUCGCCUUGUUUUUGGUUCAAAUCAUUAUGAGUCACAUAACUCAUUCCCUCACGCUCCUUGCGGCCGCCUACCACAUGCUGUACAACAUAUUCUCGCUAGUUGGUUGCAUCACCACCAUCAAGAUGUGCCAACGUGGAUCCAGCGUGUCAAACACAUUUGGAUGGGCUCGUCUGGAGGUACUAUCGACAGUGGUUAACCUUCUAUUUCUAAGCGCACUGGAUUUCUCCUUGGUUGUGGAGGCUAUUCAAACUCUUAUCCAUUCCGAUCACAUGGAUUCUAUGCAUCAACCGGAGAUUAUCUGCAUCGUCGCUGGGGUUGGAAUAGUAUUCAACUGCAUUUGCAUUCUGCUCAUCGGAGGCUUUACUCAUCAUCAAGGGAGUUUUCUAGCUCUGACACCGGGAGGGGAUGUGGUCGUCCAGCAUGGAGUCGCCACCGAAGACGCUGUCCGUCGAGGAUUACGCCGUCUGGCAAGUACAGAUAGAAAUGAAUGCUCUGGUGGGAAACCACAAGAUAUUGAAGAAACCGAAGUGGAUGGCAUGAUUCCGCAAAUGGAACCCUCCAAUGCGAAAGUUAAAGGCGUUAUUGCCAGAGUUUCACAAAGAUGGCCAACAAUGUACUCUGUCUUUCGUGACAACGCAAGUACUGUCAUCGCCCUGAUCUCAGCUGCAGUCGUAUACAAAAACGGAGAGAGUUUAAUUUCUCUACUAAUCGAUCCCAUUCUAUCAAUCGUUUCUGUUGCUAUUCUUGUCAUCACAUCUUACCCUUUCAUUAUUCAAGCCGGACAGAUACUUUUGCAAACUACACCGGCCCACAUCGACGUUGGUGAACUGAAAACAAGAUUAAAAGAUGCUUUCCCGUCUGUCGUUAACAUUCACGAUUUACACGUAUGGGCUUUAACUCCCGAACGAGUCAUUUCUACUGCGCAUUUAGUCUUCAUGAACGAAAAUGUUUAUCUAAGUGUCAAGGAACCCAUCAGAAUUUUUUUCCUUGGUCAAGGUAUCACUCGAGUAACACUACAACCAGAAUUCUACAAGUUUGGAAAUUUGACACCAGCACAAAGUACAACCUGUGUACUAACCUGUAAUAAGGAUGGUUGCAAGUCAAGAACCUGUUGCAACUACGAGCGUGCUGCCACUGUCGACGUCGAUGUUGCUCCUGUGGAAGACGUUGAAUCGCCAGCCCACCGCCAUGCUUCUGAUGGAGUGACCACCACGAGAUCUGUGACAGUGAUGCUUAACGUUGGCCAUUCCAAAGUUUCUCCAGAUACUGAUAAGUCAUCGAUCAAGGAUGAUUUACACGUAAAACACUUGACAUUCAAGUCUCCCAUCCAUGAUAAUUGCAGCACUGAAUGCGAAUCACAUGUCUCAAAUUCGACACAUCCUUCGUCAACGACGUCAAGCCAAAAAGAAACAGCUGAUGAAACUGAAAAUAACGUUUCAGAAAAAAGUUUAGAUGCACCUGAUUAAAAAUAAUUGCUCAUGAUUUUUUCAGUGAGGAAAUAAUAAAGUGAUUUAUUUACUA